AUGGCCGCUCCCAGCGGCCUUCAACCGAAGAACCAAAGAAACAGGGUCGCCGAUGUUGUGGCCUACCACUUGGUCAUUCCCUUGGAAUUCUUCGUUAUUCGAAAGCAAAAUGCUGGUCAAGACGCUCAACCAGCGCUUGAGCAGUGCCAGAAUCAACUGAUUUGCGCCAAUGGCGGUACAAACGUCGUCAACCAAGGCAUCUGCUCCUGUAUAUGUACCAAUGGAUUUACUGGCUUUGAUUGCACCGUCGCUGGCGCAGACGGAUGCACCACUGCCAACCUGGCUGGCGAGACUAAUAUCAAUAAUGUCACUCUCGGCAACGCCAUUCCACGCCUCGUGCAGCAGGCAACUAAUUUCUCAAUCGCCCUCUCGGGCACACAGAUCCUCGCAAAGUUUAACGCCGGCAACUUGAGCUGUGUUGCGGAAAAUGCGCUUGUCACCUUUGAUGGGCAGAGCUCACGACAGGGCGCAGCAAAUGCUAUCGUCACCGACCCCGAGAACACCAAUAACGCUGCCAGUGGCGUCAACGUUGUCAACGGCGUGGCUAUUGUGACUGUCAUGGUUAUGGCCGGGCAGUCAACCACGGUCACGGUUGACGUUCCCACCUACUACAAGUCUGGGGAUGCCCUGCAGACAGCCAAUGGUGCCGGCACAUUCUCUACCGUCUUUGGGACCACGAUUUCCUACCCGGCAGGAGAGACCAGCAUCCCACCCACUACAACGACGACAGUCACCACUACUAUCACGCCUACAACGUCUACCGCGACGAGCACCCCAACUGAUUCUUUCAUGGUCACGGAGGAGAUUUUGGAUUUUGCUAGAGUUGCGGUCCUAUUCGUCCUCCAAGAAGAGACCCUCUCGAAUGCCGAGUCGGCGCAGAAUGCCAUGCAGCGUUUCUUCACGAGCGCUAGCGACAGCUACUUGGGAACGGGCAGUUCGGUGACUCCUGACCAGGCGAGAAACGUCAGUAUCGGAAAUGGGAACACGAUCGACUUUGUUAAUCUGGCGAUCGAUGUCGGCCAGGGCACUGUAGGCGGAACUCAGACGGCCAAGUUUCGCUUCCGUGACAGACGACUGGUACCAUUUGCGGAAUGA